AUGGCAGCCACCGUUCUCUUCCCACCGGCGCAGUGCCACCGCGCUACCGCGACGACGAGCGGGCAGGGCGCCCCCUCGCAUUGCGCACUGCUGCCCCCUCGGCAUCGGCGCCGGGGAUCGGUGACGGCGGCUGCGGCCGUGCCUCCCGAGCAGGCGCCAGCGGCAGCGGCGGCUGUGUAUGGGACUGCUGGCGACGUCAAGGCGGCGCUGUACGGAGCGCUGGAAGGCGCCAACCGAGGGAUAUUCGGGAUGACGUCCGCCAAGCGGUCGGAGAUCCAUGGCCUGGUGGAGCUGCUCGAGUCCAGCAACCCCACUCCGGAGCCCACCGCCAAGCUGCAGGACAAGGUGGAUGGAUGCUGGAAGCUCAUCUACACUACCAUCUCAAUACUGGGGAAGAAGAGAACCAAGUUAGGACUGCGAGAUUUCAUCAGCUUAGGGGACUUCCUCCAGAUAAUUGACGUCAAAGAGGAAAAGGCGGCAAAUGUGAUAGAGUUCAGCGCGAGAGCAUUCAAGAUAUUUUCGGGGAAGCUCACCAUCGAAGCUUCGUACACUGUUGCUAGCCAAACAAGGGUGGAUAUCAAGCUGCAGAGUUCAACUAUCACUCCUGAGCAGCUGAUGAACAUAUUUCAGAAGAACUACGACAUGCUCCUGGACAUAUUCAAUCCAGAGGGUUGGCUGGAGAUAACGUAUCCUUAA